AUGGUGGUUUUCAUUGACUUCGAAGACGAUGCGCUUAGCCCGCAUAGCAUCUCGGGUCCCUCCAAUUCCUUCCUACAUCCCUACAUCGAACCCAAAAAGCCUGGGUUAUCCGAACUAUUGCCCGUCAGGCCGGACGAGCCGCCGCAUCAUGCAGCGGAUCCAUCCGCGGACAGUGAUCGCUCCCCAGACCCGUUACACAGCAUUUCUCCCAUCCCUAAAGCGCCACAACAAAAUCCAAAUCGGAAUGCUUUCUCAGCUGCUCUGAGCUGCUAUCCAAUCAUCAAGGAAAUUGCUCGCUCGGUGGACCUGAAUACUCUGCACGCCCUCUCGCGAACAUGCCGUCAAUUCCACGCCAAUUUGUCUCCCUAUCGCCAGCAGCUGGUGAAGCAGACUUUGCGUUGUGAGAAUGAGUAUAUCGAGACACUGUCGGACAUGUUGGAUAGCGGAGCUUGCAUUCCCGACAGCGUCAAGUCGGUUAUGCGCUUGCUCAGCCAGAACGCCAGAAGUUCCGGACGCCUGACCAGUGGUAAGAUCUCCAAAUGCGCCCGAGAUAUGGUGGCCGAAUGCCGUCGAUGUUCCAAGGUUGUGUGCCGGAACUGCGUUAUCAAACCUCCAUCCAGCCACAUGCUCAGGCACCGCAUUCGUCGUCUCUGCACCACUUGUCGUACGGCCCCGCUGAAUGAGCUUAUCGAGCCACCCUACGAGCAUGCUCAUCCACACAAUAUCUACGCAAAUUCGCCUUCUCAGACUCCACGGUCCAUCAUUUCGGCAUUCCAGCGUACACCUUGCUCCUGCGAUGAUGCUAUAUGGCUUUGUCACCAGUGCGGACACCAAGUACGCAGCAGCGAUACAACCUACCGACGGGUAUGGACAUGGCGCACCCGUUAUAGUACCUACCUUGGCGGUCUCGGCACUGGUAUCGGUGAAGGCUGCCAGGGCGUGAAAUGCGGUCGAGGAGAGGACUGCCUUGCCGCCCAGGAAAUCGAGCUAGAAGUAGAAUGCGAAGCGGACGAAGCCUCAGGGAGCCCCCCUGACUACGGCCGCUACUACGAACACCGCCACAGCCAGAGUCCUCCACGACACCAUAACCAUGCCCAUGACGGCUGGGAACACCGUGAGGAAGAAGAGCCCGGCUACUUCCGACAGGAAAUCAUAGGCAUCGGAGGCCGCGUCAAACACAAGGCGAAGAAACGAGUCACAGUGGGUGCUUGCGUAGUAGAGCAUGAAGAUGAGCGUGAAACAGGCGAGUAUCUUACUAGAGAGGAGCGGGGACAACAUCGAAGCUGGUGUGGAUGGUGUUGGAGAGUCAUCCCAGCCAGAGAUGAGCUGAGGAACGUUUGA